GCGCAGCCGUCAACACAAAUACGCGAUAAACAAGUUUUUUUUUAAUGAUAGACAUUAGACUUUAGACGUUUGUUAUUUUUCCCUGCUCCGAGCCUCCGACCGUGGGCCAACWACACCGAAACAAGUGGGUGUUCGUUCGAGAUAAUAAUAUAUGCCGUUCGAUUAUUUACGGUGACUCUCAACGUUUUCGUGUGCAUGCGAUCGUGUCGUGUCGAUGUGUGUGAUUUAAUUAAUUUUUGAUUCCCGAUUUCUGUAUCCCGGUUGGGUUUGCGUUUUUUUGACGAUCGGUUCUGCAGCGUGCUUGUCAAAAUUCUAAACGUCCAGAGCCGAAAGAGUAUCUUGAUAGACUAGAACACUGUCCAUCGACGACUGACAUUAUGGCAGAAGUUCAAGAUGCUAUAAAUGUUGGUAAACCAGUACCAAUAGUUUUGGCAGAAGAAGAUCAUCAGUUCAUACUUGAUGAAGAAGCUCUUGAAAGUAUUCUUUUAAAAGAUGAUAUUAAAGAUAGAAAUGUUGUCGUGGUAUCUGUUGCUGGAUCUUACCGAAAAGGAAAAUCAUUUUUAAUGGAUUUUUUUCUCAGAUACAUGAAAGCCACAUAUCAUUUAAACCUAAUAAAUGAAGAUGCACAUUGGAUUGGUUCAGAUGAUAAGCCAUUGGAUGGCUUUACCUGGCGUGGUGGAUCUGAUAGAGACACUACAGGUAUUCUUAUGUGGUCUGAAGUAUUUAAAGCCACCUUAGAAGAUGGUGAAAAGGUAGCCAUCAUACUACUUGAUACCCAAGGUACAUUUGAUAGUGAAAGUACAGUCAAAGAUUGUGCCACAGUCUUUGCAUUAAGCACUUUGCUUAGCUCAAUCCAAAUAUAUAAUCUAAAAUUUAACAUACAAGAAGAUGAUUUACAACAUUUACAGUUAUUCACCGAAUAUGGUCGUUUAGCAYUAGAAGAUACUGGUACAAAACCAUUCCAAAAGUUGCAGUUCUUGGUUAGAGAUUGGAGUUUUCCAUAUGAAGCAGAAUAUGGAGCAGAUGGAGGGCAAAAAAUAUUAGACAAAAGACUGCAAAUAUCUGAAAAACAACACCCAGAACUUCAGUCUCUAAGAAAACACAUCAAAUCGUGUUUUUCUGAUAUCAGUUGUUAUUUGAUGCCUCACCCCGGUUUGAAUGUUGCAACUAAUCCUAAUUUUGAUGGCAAACUUUCGGAAAUUGAACCAGAAUUCAAACAAAAUCUUAUAACAAUGAUACCAAUGUUGUUAAGACCAGACAGAUUAAUUUUAAAAGAAAUUGGUGGACAAAAAAUAAAAGCAAAAGAGUUAGUGCAGUAUUUCAAAGCAUACAUUAAAUUGUUUACUGGAGCUGAACUACCAGAACCAAAAUCUAUGCUUGUUACAACGGCUGAAGCCAAUAAUUUAUCUGCUGUUGCGUCUGCUCGAGAAGUUUACCGCCAGACAAUGGAUACCAUUUGUGGUGGUAACAGGCCAUAUUUAAAUAACAACACACUAGAUGAGGAGCACAUUAAGAGUAAAGACAUGGCUAUGGAACAAUUCAUUGCUAAAAGAAAAAUGGGUGGUGAUGAAUUUUCAGAAUCUUACAAAUUUAAAUUAGAAAGUGAUAUUGAUGAAGACUUCUUAAAAUUUAAAUCACAAAAUGAAAGUAAAAACGUAUUUAAAUCUGCUCGUACACCUGCAGUAUUCUUCGCAGUUGCAGUUGCUUGUUAUUUCAUAUCUGGAUUAUUUAACUUCUUUGGAAUAUACUCUGUAGCCAGUGGUAUUAACUUAAUAAUGGGCCUUGCUCUUCUCGUUCUUAUAUUGUGGGCUUAUAUAAGGUAUAGUGGAAUACAUGGUGAUCUAGGUUCAACUAUUGAUGAUGCUGCUAAUAUUAUGUGGGACAAUUUUCUGAAGCCAUGUUAUGAAAUUUUCCUUCAAAAAGGUUUGGAACAAGCCACUAACCAAGCAAUCAACAUAGCUGUGAAUAACACAACAUCUCCUAUUUCUGGUGUUCAGUCGCCAUUUGGAAAAAGGCCUAUGCAAAGAAUGAAUUCUCGUGUUGACAUAAACGAUAGAUUUAAACAGUCAUGAUAUAAUAUUGCGUCAUGACGGUGUUAAGUCGUAUMAUAAAUGGCACAUGUUUGUUAACUUUCUGUGAUUAUAUAUAUUUUUUUUUAUAUAUAUAUAUAUAAAAUGUUAUACCUAUCUACUUGUAUGUGAAAUUAAUUUUGUUUAUCAUCAUUUCUAAAUGUUAUGUGUAAUGGUAAUUGAUAGUAUUUAUUGUGUUGAUUUCGUGAAGAUCGUAUCAUUAUUUUUUCAACCCAAUUAUACAUUUUGUUUCAAGAAAAUUCAUACCAUAGAUMUAUUUUAACAUAUAAAAAAUAAUAACAUUUUUUAUUAAGUAACAUUUAUUUUUAAUUAUUAUAUGAAACAUUUAGCCACAUCUAAUAGACAUAUUCAAUUCAACAAUCAUAUUUAUAUUAUCUGAUUUUAUUAAUUUUUCAUUAGAAAAUCCCAUCUUAGUCUUCCAAAUAUUUUUUAAUUGUCAUUUUUCUUAGAUAAAUUGCUCAAAUCAUGGAGACUAGAACCAACCAAUCCGUAUAAUUUCUUGUACUUAGCUAUACUAAUUUGAUUUUAAUAUUUUUUAACAUACAGCUAAUUGUUAGGUMCGUUAUGCCUUACUCGCCAAUAAUGUAUUCGUAAUAAUAAUAACUAAUGUUUAAAUAAUUUUAUUUAGAUAAGUUAUUGUAUUUCCGAUUUUUAAUUUAUGUUAAUUAUGGAUUAUACUAUUGUUUUAUGUGAAAACAUUCAACGCAACGGUUUAUUGGUAAAGAAUUAUAAUAUAUUAAUUAAUUAUUACAUUGUCUAAAUAUAUGUAAAUCAAUAACCAUUUUACCAUGGGUUUAAGAUUAAAUUGUAUGUACAUAAAUAUUACUAUUUUAAGUGCCAUGGAUGUUAAGUUAAUUACGGGACUGUUAUUUUUUUCUGGAGUUAUGUAAUAGUAAAAAACUGAAAAAAAAAUAAGGGUUAUAUUAUUUAUUUUUGUAAUAUUCACAAUCACAUUUGAGCGAAUGGUAUUUAAUUAUAUAUAAAAAUAGAGCAAUCAAAAUUAAGUUAUUUAUUCCAAUACAAUGUGAAUGUGCAACUUUAAUUUUAUGUUAAAAAUACCAGAUGUUUUGUACUUAGCAUAUUAUAUGUUUAGUAUCAGACACCGAUUGUCAAUGUUUUGGGUGUUUAGGUUGUGUUCAUAAUUUUAUGAUUAAAUGUAUGUUCUAUAUUUUUAAUGAAACAUAUUUUGUAAUUCUUGAGUUAUUAUAUAUAGUUUUUA